AUGAACAUCUAUGCAGGCAUCGUAUAUCGCUCCCUAGACCGACGUCUUCUUCAUUUGCCACUUCAAGAGGUCGACGUGAGAGUAUGGAUGGUCGACGUCUCUGCGAGGGUUAUGCUCUCUCAAGUGUUCGUGAAUACGUCAGAAAGCCCUACCAGCAGGGCCAAAUACGUGUUCCCUCUUCCAGCGAGGGCCGCGGUUUGUGGUUUUGAACUCGAACAUGCCGAUGGUCAGGUUAUAGUCGGUGUCGCCAAGGAGAAGUCAGAAGCUGCGAGCAGCACAUUAGGUGCCCGAAAUACUGCAGGACAUGUUGAAUGGGUGACGGAAGUAUUCACGAUUUCAGUUGGCUCAAUUCCCGCACGGCAGAAGGUUACCGCAAGGUUGACGUUUGUAAUGGAUCUUUUGGAUGAGGGAAGACGAGACCAUGUCUGUCUACAGCUUCCAAUGGCCAUCGCUGAACGACACAGCGAUACACCAGCAGCCAUGCUCGAUGGGUUCACGACUAAUGAAAGGACGCGUGUUCAAAUCGCCGUGGACGUUCAAACCAGCGAUAUGAUUCAGGACAUAUGCAGCCCUACUCACCCGAUUUCUCUCCUGCGCUACAAGACGCGUGCCGGACAACAGUCUGAACGUCGGAUGACCGCAACUUGGGCAUCUACGACGUUCCUAGAUCAAGACUUCGUGUUGAUGGUGCAUGCCGUCGGCCUCGACCAACCUCGAUGUUUCGCCGAAGUCGAUCCCAAACAUGCGAAUACCAUUGCCAUGCACCUCUCCUUUGUACCGAAGUUCACCAUGCCACGCGUCUCUGCACAAGAGUACAUCUUCGUCAUUGAUCGCAGCACGAGCAUGAGCGGAGCCUCAAUGGAGACUGCUAAGCGCACGCUGGAUCUUCUCUUCCACCUGUUACCGGACUCAGAUACAACUUUCAAUAUGUUCGGCUUCGCGAGUGAGGUUGAUGGUAUGUGGGAGACAAGUGCGCCAUUCAGCGAAGCAACCAUGCAAGAUGCGAUAUCGAAUAUACAAGCCAUGCAAGUGGAUGUCAGCGGAAAGGACACUGCGAAUGCCCUACAGUCUGCUCUUGCGUCACGUGAUCGCGAUCGCCCAACUACGGUAUUCGUCCUCACUGACGGAGACAUACACGUUGGAGUGGGGCAGCAAGAGGGCAUUUUUGCGCGAUGUCGUAGAGUAGUGACACAAGUCUUGUCGAGAACCAAGCGCUCGAGGUCAUCAUCCGACUCUAAUUCCUCUGCAAACCUCGACCCAUUCAAGGUGGUCUCCGCGGCUGUUAAUGGCUGCAGGCCCGAAGCACCUUUGAGGGUGUUUACCCUCGUGAUCGGUGAACGUGUCUCAUCAGCCAUGUGCGAGCGCCUUGCUCGCGAAGGCAGGGGUGAAUGUCUAUUUGCUGUUCAAGCCGAGGACGUCGUAGCGAAGUGCGCAAGGCUUCUGAACGCUGGUCGAACACACCUGAUCGAGAGCAUCACGGUUGAUUGGCACGGUUCAGGGAACCCACCAGCUGUCAACUUCUCACCCUCGAGUCACCAUUACUUGCUUCCGCCCAGCACUGUGCAGCUGGAGCCACCGCAUCUGGUGCAGCAGGCCCCGCAUAGGAUCACGAAGGUAUUACCCUGGAUGCGCUUCAAUGUCUUUGCAGUCGUUGCAUUUCGAUCGAUCCCUCGUGAAGUGAGGUUGCGUGCCAAGGUUGAAGGCUUGGCAGGGGUUCUCGAGCUCGUGGUGCCUGUCACGACAGUCAAACAACCAUUCAAGGAUGAGCCGUCCAUACCACUCCUGCAUACUAUGGGUGCACGUGAAUUGAUGAAGAACCUCGCAGAAGGUAGGGCACCGCUUCCCGAACCUAUGGCACCUGCUUCGAAUGAGGAGGUUCGAAAAGCGGCGAUCGUCCGCUUAGGACUUGAGUACCACCUUGCGAGCCAGUACACGUCUUUUGUUGCCAUAGAGUCCCAAAGGGAGACAGCGAGGAACCAACUGUGCGGUUCGACGUCUUGGCAAAGGUCUCAGCGUCGCUAUAGCGAUGCACCACAGCAACCUCUGGAAACAGAUGUGAUCACCGUGCAGACUGCUUUGGACAACUUGUCUCAGGUUGUUUCCGCGGUAUUCAGUUUCUUCUCAGAUACUGCCCCGACAAACCCAAGACACCAGAGGCCGAUUCCCGGCACAUACUAUUCCACUGCACAAUCCCAUUCGAGCUCGCUGCUGAGUCAGAGUGGACGUUCAUUUCAACACGACAACUCGAGCACGGAUACAUUCUCCACGCUGAGUUCAUUGGAAGGCUCUUCCACUGAUUCUCGAUGGACCAAUUCUCGGUCGUCUAGCCCCGAAGAUCCAAUCCAACGCGUCCCAUCACCAGUCUUCGAUCCAAUCCGUAACACGCGUCUGAGGGCACGACUCCCAGGACGUGCAGCACAACCACAGGUAUCCGGGCCUCGCCCCCCACCCGUUCCCAAGGAAGUGUACGCUCUCAUCUCGCUACAGAAUUACGAUGGCUCGUUCACGCCGUCGCCUCAACUGGGGGCGCUUGUGGGUGUCGAAAUAUUGGGAAAAGCGGCAGACCUGCAGGUCGAUGGGAAUAUAUGGGCGACUGCGGUCGUGGUCGCGUACAUGAAGUAUCAUCUGGGUGCGCAGCCGGAUUUUCUGCAUGUGCUGCUGAGUAAGCCUCUGGCGUAUGUUGAGGGAAGGGGUGUGGGCUUGCUGGUCGGACGAGAUUUUUUUGACUUGGUGGCGAUUGCGGGGCGGUCCGUGGGUUAA